UUGAGUCCUUCGCCUUGGAAAUCGGCACUUUAAAAAAGGAGAUGGGAAAAAAUCCUGAGAGACCAGAAGACCACAAGACGGACCCAAUGCUUGGGUGAACUCCUCUUUGUAUUUAUACUGCAGCUUCAUGGACACAAACACUAGCACAAAUGUAUUGCAAUCGCUCCUCUACAGUUACAUUUGUGGUGCAUGUGUGAAUACGAUCGCUCCUCCACUCACCAUACAGAGAGCAAAUCAUGAACCGUAAAUGUGAGCAUGUCGAGACAGAAAUUACAUGUAAAUAAGACUAUUUAGUUUUUUGAAUAAAAGAAAUGAAACAUGUCUUUUGUGGAGAGGGGCGUGGUUCGCGCGUUCCCUGCGGACGGGGUGUGUGCGGAGGCCGGCCAUGAAGCAGCAGACAGGUGAGUGGAUGACUCAGCUGGAACGAGUUAUCUAAUCACCUGUUCCUUUAUUAAGCAGCGUCGGAGACCAUGAGGCAGAAGGGACCUGGAAAGCAGAUGAAAAGCCACGGAAGAGUGCUGAAAAGCCGAAAAGAGAGACAUUGUGAGGAGGAGGAGAGCUGAAAAGCCGACAGAGACUUGUGUGAGAAUAUAAUUAAAAGAAUUGUAAAACGCCGACCCAAAGUGUUGUGCCCUUUCCUGUGGUCCCAGAAGAACCCGAGACAGAGACGUCUUCACAGUGGCACCCAACAAGGCGAACCACAGAAAUGUCGACAACAUCCCCGCUGGAGGCGCUGGGCCAAGUGUUGGCCGAGGUGUCAACGGCAAGCCGGCAGCAGACACAGGUGCUGCAGGCAUUAAUGGACAGAGCAGAGGCGGCAGGAGGAAUGAAACGCAUGGUGGAGGGGGAGGACCCCAGACAUUCCUCGAUGUCUUUGAGGCCACGGCGACAUCGUGCAGGUGGCCGGAGGAGGAAUGGGGCGCGAAGCUGCUGCCGCUCCUGGUGGGGGAGGCGCAGCGGGCGGCGGUGAGUCUCCCGACGUCCGCUCGCAUGCAGUAUGCAAACUUGCGCUGCGCCAUACUGGAUCGGGUCGGCAGCAGCCCCGAAGACCAUCGCCGGAAGUUCCGGGCCAUGAUGUUGGGGCCAGGGGACCGGCCCUUCGUACUGGCAUUUCAACUUCGAGACGCAGCAACCCGUUGGCUCCAGCCAAACGGACUGGACCCAAAAAUGCUGGAGGCCAUCGUCCUGGAGCGAUUCGUGGAGGCAAUCCCGGCCAGGACCUCCGCGUGGGUACGGUACCACAGCCCCCCGGACGUCAAUGCGGCGGUGAAACUGGCGGAGGAACACCUGGCGGUACAGAGGGAGACAACAACCAAAACGGCCAAGGGACCCACCCCAGCACCCCGCCGACGACUCGACCCGCUCUGGGGGAGGGGUGGAGGGAGAGUCUCCGCAGUGGCAACCAAGCCAGCCUGAGCCACCCGGAAUCACCGAACAGGUUCACCACACGGACAUAAAGAAAAAAGAAUACGCACCCACACACACCCAGAGACAGACGACAAGGGGGGGAACACGGGGUCAUAAUAUGUCUAUGGUUUGUGCAUUUCAGGGUACCGACGCUGCGGGGAGAGGGCUUCCCUCGCAGAUGGCACCUCAAACCCCAGGGCCGGUGUGCUGGAGGUGCGGACGGCCCGGGCACGUGCGCCGGGAGUGCUCCCUGAUGGAGGUGGGGCAGGUGUUGCGGGUUGUCGGGCCUCCAGCACCCUCCCCCGAUCGGGGGGAGACGUACUGUGUCCCGCGUCGGAGACCAUGAGGCAGAAGGGACCUGGAAAGCAGAUGAAAAGCCACGGAAGAGUGCUGAAAAGCCGAAAAGAGAGACAUUGUGAGGAGGAGGAGAGCUGAAAAGCCGACAGAGACUUGUGAUGGGUGAAGAAGUAGGAGGGCUUUUCUUGCAGGCAUCCCCCUGUGCUGGCAUGGGGACAGGACUGGCAGGAGCAAGAGAUUCAGGCUAUGACUCCCUCCAUCGGCGACUAAGUGUGCUGGACAGAUUAAUCAAGACACAUCCUGUUUGGCUCCAACUGGACUUAAGCCACCAGAAUGCUGUAGACGUGCUGCAUAGCCAACAACCUGGGGCGUUUGUGGUGCGGAGGUCAUGCAGCCUGCAGAAAAAGGUCCUCUCUCUACGUAUGGACAAGAACUCCUCAGUUCCUGCAAAAGACUUUGUCUUUAAGGAGAGCCAGUACACUUUCUCUUUGGAAGGAUCAGGCCUGAGCUUUGCAGACCUUUUUCGCCUUGUGGCUUUCUACUGCAUCAGCAGGGAUGUGCUUCCCUUCACCCUGAAGCUCCCAGAGGCCAUCGCUUUGGCCAAAACAUCUGCUGAGCUUGCAGAGCUGGCAAAACUUGGAGCAGGUUUCUGGGACACUGAUUGGUCUAACAAGAGGAAGUAUUCAGACAUACCACCUCAGCCUAGCUCACUCCCUCUCUCUGUCGCACCUGCUCCUGGUCGCUCUCGGCUUCAAACUCGUACCCCAUCAGAGCUUGAGUGCUGCCAGUCUAAUGGGGCUCUUUGCUUCAUUAAUCCUCUUUUCAUUAAGGUUCAUCAGCCGGAUAGCAACCAGACCCCUGACUCUGUUUUUCCUGAUAUGAGUAAAGACCUUCUUAGCCCAGGAACCGACACACGUGGCUUUAGUGGUGACUUUCCUGCAGGCUGUAACCCUAACAUCAGUGACAACAAACCACAGAGCCUUGGCACAAACACUAUACUACUACAAGCGCAAAAGAAGCAAAGUGGUGUCAUCCCAGAAUCACAGUGGCCUCCAGCCCGUCCGCCUCCUCCUCGUCGAUCAGCAACUUCUAUCUGGCAGCACAGCAUGCCGGAGAAAAUUCCUUGGAUUAAUGUUCCCAAAGAGAAGGUGGAAGAGAAAGACAGAGGCAGCAGCCUUUUAUCCCGUCUUGGUUCUUCACUGAGCAUCAACCCCUCAUCAUCUCCUCCUAAGAGACUCAGCAUCAGCUCUCCUAUCUCAAUCCCCAGACCCUCGCUGCCUAUCUCUUUAGCUUCCCUGUCCUCCUCGCCUCGUAGACCCAAGUCUUUACCAUUUUCCUCCCUGGACGAUGUUCAAUGCCACUUGGCCCUCGAGGAGCAGACUAUUGAGAAGGCCCUUCUUAAAGCCAGACUAUCUCAGCAGAAUGGUACUGCAGCUCACAGCCAGCCCUGCAGCAGUCUUCCGGAAUCUUCCACAAUGACUAUAAGUAAACAAGCAGAGGUGCGAGGAACAGGAGGAGAGGCUGGAGAAGAAUGCAAUGGGCGUCACCAGCGUCUGAGCGACAUGAGCCUUUCCACGGAUUCUUCCGAUUCUCUUGAUUCCUCUUUGUCCUUCUUCAUACCUCCUCUUCACGACCCCAGUCCGCCCACUGUGGCUGAUUUUAAUGCCCACCUUCCCCUUUCGCUCCCCUCCUCCCAUCUUCUCUACUCCAGCAUGGAGGAGGAUGAGGACGAGGAGGAGGAUGAAGACGAAGACGAACAUGACUACGGUGUCAGUGUGGAGAGCGAUCAGGACCAAGACCAGGACCUGACCAUGAUACCGCCGGGGUGCAGGACAAGGCGGCGCCCCAGUGCUAGCGCCUUGGUCCUUCAGAAAGCACUGCGAGGUCAGCUACGCAAGGUGAGCGGCGUUUUUAACUCGCUGUUGACGCCAGAAAAGCGAGCCAUACGUAGGGUGGUGGAACUGUCCAGAGAUAAGGGCUCCUACUUCGGCUCCUUGGUGCAGGACUACUUGAGCUACAUGGGUGAGGGCGCAGGCGCCCAGACCUGGCAAAGUUUUGCUUCUGGUCUGGAGCUUCUUCAGACUCUGCGUCAGUUUAUCACUCAAAUGAAGAGUUACCUGCGUCAGAGCUCAGAGCUGGGAUUACCUAUUGAGAGCCUCAUACCUGAAGAACAAAUAGACCCUGUCCUGGAGAAGGCCAUGUACAAGUGCGUCCUGAAGCCGCUCAAACCUAUGGUUAGCGCUGCGCUGCGGGAGUUCCAGGUGCGCAGCGGCGAGUGGCAGGAGCUGAAGGAAAACAUGUCUUUGGCGAAGGCCCGGCCACCACAGGAAAUGGGAGUGGACGACGCGGUGCCGCCGGACCCCGUCGCCAUAGAAAAGAUCAAGUACAAGUUUGACAGCAUGUGCAAGCUGUACUCGCCUGAGAAGAAGGUCACCAUGCUGCUGAGAGUUUGCAAACUCAUCUACACCAUCAUGGAGGACAAUUCAGGUCGUCUGUAUGGUGCAGAUGACUUCCUGCCAAUGCUGACAUAUGUGUUGGCACAGUGUGACAUGCCCCAACUGGACAACGAGAUCCUUUACAUGAUGGAGCUGCUGGACCCCUCACUGCUUCACGGAGAAGGUGGCUACUACCUGACCAGUGCUUACGGAGCGAUGUCUCUGAUCCGGAAUUUCCAGGAAGAGCAGGCAGCCAGGGUGCUGAGCUCUGAAACCAGGAAUACUCUUCGCCAAUGGCACAAACGCCGCACCUCUUUGCACUCAACACCUUCCUUCGAUGACUUCCAGAAUUACCUACGGGUGGCGCUGCAGGAGCUGGACAGCGGCUGCACGGCCAAGACCCUCCAUGUGGGACCCUACGCCAACGUGGAGGAGGUGUGUCAGCUCUGCGCCCGCAAGUUCAAAGUGUCGGACCCCGACAAGUACGGCUUGUUCCUGCUGACGGGUGGCAGCAGCCAGCAGUUGGCGCCAGACACCCACCCUCAGAAGAUCAAGGCGGAGCUGCACACCCGCCCGCAAGCUGCCCCCUUCCACUUUGUCUACCGCCGCUUGGCCUACAGCAGCCCCUUGCCGACAGCUCCCAUCCUCGACAACCACAACGUGACCUCUGAACCCCAGGUUAACCUACACAACCUCACGACAGACCUUCCCUCCCCCGACUAAGGCCUUAGCCUGUCCUGUUAGUAGACCUGCUUAUCUACCUAGUAAAAUUCUGGCAUUGAAUAUAUCCUAUUAUAGUAUAUGUCAUAUAAUAUUAUACCCAAUAUUAUUUAAUAGAAAAAAAAGUGCCAGUUUUUACCAUCCAGACUUUAGCAAGGAUAAUAUGUUAUUAGAUAUUUGUUCUUUGCUUUCUUGACAGGCAAAUUUAAUGAAAUGGAGCUUUUAAUAGACUGUUAUGUGGGUUUUUUUAAUCUAAAAAAACAAAGUAAUGUGCCAAUAACCCAUAAGAAGCCAUUUAAAUUACAUGAUUGAUGGAACACAUUGAAAACAUUAAAUUCUAAUUGAUGUGAAAUAUGUUACAUCCAUACAUAUAUUCAAAUAUUUUCCUUAUUUGACACUUUAUAGUUUAGUACAAAUGAACUUUGAAUUGAACAUCCAUCCAUCUAGCCAUUUUCUACCACUUGUCCCUUUUGGGGUCGCGUGGGGUGCUGGAGCCUAUCCCAGCUGCUGUCUGGCAGAAGUCGGGGUACACCCUGGACAAUUCGCCACCUCAUCGCAGGGCCAACACAGAUAGACAACAUUCACACUCACAUUCACACACUAGGGCCAAUUUAGUGAACACAUAUUCAUUGAAGGACUGACAGUUAGUGUCUCAGCACUAACUGAGACAUAUAGUAGGCUUUCCGUAGCAAUGUAAAGGCUAAUAGCUUUUUUUAGCUUGUUUUCUAUGAAUACACUGGAUACAUAUAGUAAGAACAGGUGAAUUGUAAUAUCUGACACACUAUUAAAUCAUUGCGAUUGUUACAUUGAUUCAAAAGGGGCUUAAACGGUAUUAAUUAAGCUUUUGGAAAUGAGCUCGCUUGCCUGACAGGCGGUCAUUUUGGUGUACAACCGGGCAUUUACCUGACUGUGACAUGACCUGAAUGUUUCCUACACUUCACUUAGGGACACAUUAAAGUAGUAUGGCUUCUUAUAGGUUAAAAAAGUGGCCACUGACUGAUGACGUCAUCAUUGUUGUGCUCCUAACAGUUGCUGGCUAACUGUUGAGAUGUGUCAAGCCUUUCCUUUGAAAUAGCGACACCCAGUGGUUGCUAAUGUGCACUACAAGUGCGCAAUCUGGGUAGCAUUCUAAAUUUGAUGACAAUUAUGUACAUGAAGCUGCCAUCGUCAUUACAUCAUUUUUAUUAUUAUUAUCAUCAUCAAUGCAGCUGCUGCUUUAAAUGGGAUUAUUGAGCAUUAACACUUUAAAGAAAGACUUUAAUUUAUAUUGCAAGUAAUGUGGACCUUGCAGACAAGUUUGCCAGUGGUAUUGAUCGAUGUAACUAACUCCGCAUAGUGUUGCUAUUCUACAGAGCAUCUUCAUCUGCCUUCAGAUCUGUCAUGGCGGACCUCUCUGUGCUACUGAAACAUCUAUUUUGUACAAAAAAGAAAGGGAAGAAAAUCCUACUAACUGGUUAAAAAAUGGCCGGUUUUCUAAAGCAGAGAUGCAAUGAGAUGUUUGUUGACGUUAAGAAAAACAAAAGUAUGAGGAUGCUACAAUGGACAAAUCUGCAUGCAGUGUUACGCCCGGUACUAUUGUAGUACUGUCUGUGUAAAACUACUUGAAGUGCAUUAUAUUUGUGUUUCCUACGACUACAAGUUGUGUCUGCUUGCACAAGCAAAGAAAAUACAGUGGACCAUGAUUAUGUCGACUCCCUUUGGAGUGGCUGACUUGCCUCGACACAAGCGGUUGUUGACAUAAUUGGUUGUUGACACGAGCGGUUUUCGACAUCAAGGGUUGUUGACGACUGCUUGUGUCGAAAUAGCAAUUUGUCGGCAUAGGCGGUUGUUGACAAAAGUGAUUAUCUCCAAGGGGUUUGUUGACAUACGAGGUUGUCGACUUAAUAGGUUAUUAACAUGUUCAGCGAUCAAUGACAACUACCUAUGCCAACACCUGGCUAUGUCGACACAACUGGCUUUCGGCACAGGCAAUUGUCGACACAAACAGUUGUCAACGUAAGCGAUUGUCAGCAUAGCCGAAACUAGCCAUCGCUUGUACAUUUACUUGUGACUUUGUCAAUAGACAUGAAAAGAUUGACCGAUAAUAAAUAAUUGUUAAUUGUU